CAAGUGGCUGGCAACUGCUGCUAUUCUAUUUUGUUUAUGUGCUCAAUCAUCAAAUUUCCCGGUCGAACCUUGUUCUCUCGCUAUGAGUCAGUUCGAUCUCACUUCUUCCUGCACGGCUUAUUGAAGCAAAUCUUAUUCUUUACGCAGUUCCGAGAGAUGCGUCAAUCGUUUGUUUUUUUUAAUCUCUAUUCAAAGAUUCGUCAUCCUUAAUUUGCCGGCCCCGCAUUUUUCAAAAUCGAUCCUGAUUCUGCUGCAUUUCGUUCAAUUCACCGGGAUUUCUUACAUUUUUUAAGGUGGUGGUUUCAGGUUUGCAUCUAAGUAUUUGCGCGAGUGAGAAAUUCUAAUGUUGUGGCCUCAGUGUGUUGAUCCGGGCUUAAGGAGACUAGACUUUGAACAUCAUGAAUUACCUUAUUGGCGCUUUCAAGCCAUCGUGUAGUAUUUCAAUCACAUUUGCUGAUGGGAAAACUCGCAAGCAGGUUCCUAUAAAGAAGGAAAAUGGUCAGACACUUAUGGUCCCACUUUUUCAAAGCCAAGAAAAUAUUGCUGGGAAGAUUACUGUAGAACCAGUUCAAGGAAAGAAGGUUGAACACAAUGGUGUGAAAAUUGAGCUCCUAGGUCAUAUAGAGAUGUACUUUGACAGAGGAAACUUUUAUGACUUCACUUCCCUCGUUCGUGAAUUGGACGUUCCUGGAGAAAUAUAUGAAAGGAAAACAUAUCCUUUCGAAUUUUCUACUGUUGAAAUGCCAUAUGAGACAUACAAUGGGGUGAAUGUGAGACUCAGAUAUGUCCUGAAAGUGACUGUAAGUCGUGGUUAUGCUGGAAGCAUAAUGGAGUACCAAGACUUUGUGGUUCGUAACUAUUCCCCACCUCCACCAAUCAACAACAGCAUCAAGAUGGAAGUUGGAAUUGAAGAUUGCCUACACAUUGAGUUCGAGUAUAAUAAAAGCAAGUAUCAUCUAAAAGAUGUUAUCAUUGGGAAAAUUUAUUUCCUUCUUGUAAGAAUCAAGAUAAAAAAUAUGGACCUUGAAAUCAGGCGCCGAGAAUCUACAGGAUCAGGGGCCAAUACUCAUGUUGAGACAGAGACACUCGCUAAAUUUGAGUUGAUGGAUGGUGCUCCAGUCAGGGGUGAAUCAAUACCACUCAGGCUGUUUCUAAGUCCUUAUGAACUGACGCCAACACAUCGGAACGUUAACAAUAAGUUCAGUGUAAAAUAUUAUUUAAACCUGGUUCUGGUUGAUGAGGAGGACCGGCGGUAUUUUAAGCAGCAGGAGAUUACAAUAUACAGGCUGCAAGAAACUUCCUGAUUUGAGCAUUGUACAUGAUGUCAUUACUGCAGGUGCUGGACGUUUGGAUGCUAGAAGAUUAACUGCCUGUAUGCCUUAUGGCACCCUGUAAAGCCUUGAAGAUUUUGCAAUUUCUGGGGCGAGGAUCCUCUUUUCAUAUAAAGGGCCGGAGUUGCAUUGUGUACUUGCUUGCUCACAUCUUUGUUGAGAAAUUGUUCCAAUUCGUGUUGUGUACAUGAUACAGAUAGGGGCCGGAAACUGGUGAAGGGGCCCUUUUAUCCAUACGUUCUUCAAUUGUCUGCCAUCUGUUGUUUGAAUAAUCUGGAAAACAAUUGAACAGGGAAUCCGAGUCUUUUCUCGGGCUAUCUAACAAGAAGUUGUUUUGCCAAUACCUUGAAUAAUUAUCAUUAUUUUAGUUUUUUACUCGGUCAAUACGUUACCAAUAUUUUGGCUUUAUUAUCAAAGUCAAUUGGUGAUAAUUUGGUAUCUACGAAAUAGUCUUUCAUCUUUUUCUU